CCUCACAACCUCUCGCCUCACAACUUCUUGCUUUGUCGUUUUUUCGCUUCUCAACCUCUUGUCUCUCAAACUCUACCCUCGGACCCCAAACAACGCUGCCCAAUCACCAUGUCGCCACCAAAAACAGCCGAUGGCGUAAAAACAAAGAAAGAGAAAACCGGUACAAAGGAUAGAAUUAUGAAGAAGGGAGGGAUCGUCAAGACACUGCGGAACGCACGUGGUUACCACAAAUUCAAAUCAGGCAUGCUCAAUGUCACGCCCAAAGGAGACGAGAAAGAGCUAGUCAACAGCAACCGAAACUCGCCUCUGUUACGACUACCACCGGAACUUCGAAACCGUAUCUGGAGCCAUGUUCUUGGUGGUAAGAUCUUCAGAGCGUCUUACCAGCGUCCUGGACAAAAGUACAAGCUGAGAUCCCCACCAACCGAGCCUGACAACUGCAUGUCUCUUCUACAGACCUGUCGUCAGAUCUAUUCUGAGGGCGCAUUGAUGCCACUGUCGCUCAAUACUUUCACCAUCGAAUCACCUAGAUGUAUGAAGCGGCUCCAGAAAUGUCUCAAGGAAUACCAACGCAAGCAGAUCGUCUCGAUUCAACUUGAGCUCGAGGUUCUCAACUACAGCGCAUGGUUCGACCCGUGGUACUUUGAGUAUUACAAAAUCUCUAUCCCUGUCAUUUUCCCUGGACUGAGGCAGCUUCGGGUCUUGGUUCUCUCCCCUUCAGCGAACGACACUUCCUUCCAAGAGGCUGAAGGCCACGUAAGAGAUCAACUUGGGCCCCUCAUUCAAGGAAUGCCGUCGCCAGUCAACAUACUAGUGGAGCAAACUAAUCAGGAUUGGAAAUCAUACGACUUAUCGUGGAAGAACGUCCCAGCCAGCGACAGGACACUUGAUGUGGUUGGCACAACACAUGUUUCUAACAGCUCGAUGGUUCUUGACAAGUGAUUAACUGAUGUGCACACGUUGCUCAAGUGCAGGUUGUCCAACGGACCGGUUUCCAUGGGCAUAAUGUGACACUUGGGAUGAGAUCGUGGAAAUCCCCCAAUUUUUCUGUUCUAUUCCCCUGUUUGUAUUGAGAUAUCCUAGAUUUUAUUGACCAUGAGAGUACUUGCCAUCAA